AUGGCCAGCAACGUGAUUACAGCUCGCUAUCUGCUGGAAAAUGGAGCCGAUCCCACCGUCCGCGACAUUGAGGGCAACACUCCAUUUCAUAUGGCGGCAGGAAAACUUACAGAUAAUUCACACGUCCUCGGUCUCAUGCUGGAAAACGACAAAAAAAUUGAGAUUGACGAAAGAAACAAAAUAGGACGGACUGCCCUCCAUCUGGCAAUGACAACAUCCAACGUGACUUCCGCUCGCUUCCUCUUAUCUAAAGGAGCCAACCCCAACGUCGCUGAUGAAAAUGGAGCCACUUCACUUCACCUGGCGGCCGAUUUUGCAGGAGACAUAGACAUUGUCGAGUUAUUCCUCAAUCAUCAAGACGUGGAUGUCAACUGCUUGGACAACAAAGGAAACAAUGCGCUGGAUUACACAAUGAACACAACAAGCACAGUCUCAGCGAAGCAAUUGCCAAAUAAUCUGUUGAUGGGAAAACGGGCCGCGAAGGCAGAAGGAAGUAGCCACCAACCGAAGAACAAUGCGACAUUGGUACCAACAGGUGGCAUCGAAGAAGAUUCGGACAUGUCGUCUCUUUCUCUUGAUAGAAAACGGACAAGAUAUUAG